AUGGUUAUCAAGCGCAACGAACCAUGCUAUGUCCUCGGCGUUGGAAUGACCAAGUUCAUCAAGCCCAGGGGUAAAGUCGACUACACCGAGCUUGGAUUUGAAGCUGGCAUCAAGGCUAUGCUUGAUGCCCAAAUCAACUACGACGACGUGGACCAAGGGGUGGCUUGUUACUGCUAUGGCGAUUCGACUUGCGGGCAACGCGUCUUUUAUCAAUUCGGAAUGACACAAAUCCCAAUUUACAAUGUAAACAACAAUUGUUCGACGGGUUCGACUGGAUUAGCACUGGCUAGGAAUAUUAUUAGCCACGGAGGUGCUGAUUGUAUGUUGGUUGUUGGAUUUGAGAAGAUGAACCCGGGUUCGCUACAGAGUUUCUGGAAUGAUCGCAGUAAUCCGACUGGUACAUCUGGAGAAAUGAUGCGAGCGACCAGAGGUGUCACAAAUGCACCUGGUGCAGCGCAGAUGUUCGGUAAUGCAGGCCGGGAAUAUAUGGAAAAAUAUGGCGCCAAAAACGAGGAUUUUGCGGAAAUUGCUCGAGUCAAUCACGAGCAUUCUCAACGAAACCCAUACUCCCAAUUUCAAGAUGUUUAUACCCUCGAACAAAUCAUGAAAGCUCCAAUGAUCCACGAACCCCUAACCAAAUUACAAUGCUGCCCUACAUCAGAUGGAGGGGCAGCAGCCGUUCUGGUCUCUCAAGAUUUCCUCGAUGCGCGUCCACAUCUCAAAGAACAAGCAAUUCUGAUUGCCGGACAAUGCAUGGCUACAGAUGCUCCAUCACUAUUUUCCAAAUCUGCUAUUGACCUUAUGGGAUUCGAGAUGACGAAAUACGCCGCAAAGACCGCUAUGGAGGAAGCGAAGGUGACACCAGCAGAUGUCAAUGUCUGUGAGUUACAUGAUUGUUUCUCGGCUAAUGAGAUGAUUGUCAUUGAUUCCAUGGGUCUUUCUCAGCCGGGCAAAGCCCAUGAGAUGGUCAGAGCUGGAGACAUUACAUACGGAGGCAAGAUGGUCAUUAAUCCCUCUGGCGGACUAAUCUCGAAAGGACAUCCGCUCGGAGCAUCGGGAAUAGCACAGUGUGCCGAGCUUGUUUGGCAUCUCCGUGGAUGGGCCAACAACAGAUUGGUCGAUGAUACAAGGGUGGCUCUGCAACAUAAUUUAGGACUGGGGGGAGCUGUAGUGGUAACGGUGUAUAAGCGUGCUGAUGAGAAGACAAAUACUCCAGUCGAUUCGGCGGAAGUUGGAAAGAAAAAUAAGCUGGGUUAUAAUCCGGCUGUUGAGGCAAAGGGAUUCACAGAGAAAGAAGCUACGAGUGUGAGGAGUAAGACGAAGUCUAGUGCUUGGGCUCUAGGUGAUGUGGAAAAGAAAGUGGAGGCUAGGUUUUAA